GGAUAUAGAGCAUCUUUGUUAUAUAGUGGAUCCUGUCAGUGCUGCUGUUGACAGAUGUGUGCCAGUCUAGACCAGCUGCUGACAAGAAGUGACCAUGGCACCUGCAAAGAAGAACAAGGUGUUUGUCAUCGGUGUGGGGAUGACAAAGUUUGACAAGCCUGGAGCUCGAGGCGACUAUGACUACCCUGAUAUGGCCAAAGAAGCAGGUGAAAAGGCCCUAGCAGAUGCAGGAGUCCCAUAUUCUGCCAUUGAACAAGCCUGUGUAGGAUAUGUCUAUGGGGACUCCACAUGUGGGCAGAGGGCCAUUUACCACAGCCUGGGCCUGACCGGGAUCCCCAUCCUCAACGUCAACAACAACUGCUCCACAGGCUCCACUGCUCUCUUCAUGGCACGCCAGUUGGUCCAGGGAGGUCUUGCUGACUGUGUGCUUGCCCUCGGGUUUGAGAAGAUGGAGAGAGGAUCUUUGUCCUCAAAGUAUAUGGACAGGACCAGUCCCAUGGACAAGCACAUGGAGGUGAUGAUCAACCGUUAUGGGAUGGCGGCAGCUCCAGCAGCACCACAGAUGUUUGGCAACGCUGGCAGGGAGCACAUGGAGAAAUAUGGCACUAAACCAGAACACUUUGCAAAAAUUGCCUGGAAAAACCACAAACAUUCCACCAACAACCCUUAUUCCCAGUUCCAGGACGAGUACAGUUUGGAGCAGGUGAUGAACUCUAGGAAGGUGUUUGAAUAUCUCACUCUCCUGCAGUGUUGCCCUACAUCAGACGGUGCUGGAGCAGCAGUCUUGGCAAGCGAGGCCUUCGUCAGGAGUCACCGUCUGGAGAACCAGGCAGUGGAGAUCGUGGCCCAAGAGAUGGUGACAGAUACCGCUUCUACGUUCAAUGAAAACAGCUGCAUUAAGAUGGUGGGAUAUGACAUGUCUCGGUUGGCUGCCAAGAAGUGUUUCGAGGCUGCAGGUCUGAAGCCCAGUGAUGUUGAUGUGGUCGAGCUGCACGACUGCUUCUCAGCCAAUGAGCUCAUCACGUAUGAGGCUCUGGGGCUGUGCCAAGAAGGUAAAGCAGGAGAGCUGAUUGACAGAGGGGACAAUACUUAUGGUGGCAAGUUUGUGAUCAACCCCAGUGGUGGUCUCAUCUCUAAAGGACAUCCUCUGGGUGCCACAGGUCUGGCCCAGUGUGCAGAGCUGUGCUGGCAGCUCCGUGGACAGGCUGACAGGAGGCAGGUCCCAGGAGCAAAAGUAGCCUUGCAACACAAUAUUGGCCUAGGAGGAGCUGUGGUCGUCACUCUCUACAGGAUGGGAUUCCCACAGGAGGCCAGGUCCCACGUAGGUGCAGUUCUCACCAGCUCUGGCGGCAGUCUGGAGGGGUUUAAAGCUUAUCCUGUCUUCAAAGAGAUUGAGAAACAUCUACAGGAGGAAGGAGAGAAGGUCGUCAAGAAGGUUGGCGGAGUGUUCAUUUUUAAAGUGAAAGAUGGACCAGAUGGGAAGGAGGCGACUUGGGUGGUGGAUGUGAAAAAUGGCAAAGGUUCUGUCACCAAUGACCCAGGUAAAAAGGCAGACUGCACCAUAACCAUGAGUGAUGGGGAUCUUCUGGAUUUGAUGACAGGAAAGCUGAACCCACAAAUGGCGUUCUUCAAAGGGAAGCUGAAGAUCACAGGGAACAUGGGCAUGGCUAUGAAACUGCAGAACCUCCAGGUUACACCAGGCAAAGCCAAGCUGUGAGACCCUGCAGAAGUUUUAUAGGAAAACUUCAUCCCUCCUACUGAAACUGUAAUUUUGCUUAUCAACCAGCUCACUGAAUACUAAAAUAAUGUGUUUAAUUUUCAAAGACGGUCGAUACAGUAUUAAUUCCAGCUGCUACUUUGAUAUCAGAGAGCAGACAGCAGAGAGAUUCGUUCUUAAGAUUCACAUUAUUGGAUCUUGGCCCAUUAUCUUCAAAUCUUGUCAAAUUGUAAUGAGUCCAGUGAGACGUUAUGCACAGGAGCUGCAUAUGUUUAUGUCAAGCACCUGUAUUUCGUUAAUAAUGUAGUCAAACUCAAUGUGCCUCUGAUUUCUGUCUAUGAAAUUAUUCAAAGCCACUGCUGGCCUGAGCUAUUUUGAUAGAUCAUUUUCUAAAGAAUAUAUGUCUGUAAAUCGUAGCAAUCAUCUAAUUUUUUAAAAAAUAAAUCCUUCACUGACAGUAACAACUUAUGGGCUGGAAAAUGAUUAUAUUAAUAUUUACCAUCUUUCUAUUUCAUCAUAUUGUGAAACAAUUUUCAUAACGGCUCUCAUAUCUAGAUGAAUAUGUUCAAUUUUACCGAAAUCUGUGAUGAUGAUUUUUUUUUCCAGUAUUUUCUUCUUGUUAAAAUACAAAGAAAAUAUUUGAGUCAAUGAAAUAAGAUGAACUUCUUUUCACAUCAUUAUAUUUUGGUAAAUAUAACAAACCUAUAUGGAUGUACUGUACGGGUGUGUGUGUACUUGUAUUGAAGACCAUCGUUCAAUUCAGGCACAAAUACAGUAGGAAUCACUUAUUGAAACGUAUUGAUCAGGUUCAGCUCUCUGGUGUGUUGAGUUUGUUUAAAUUGAUUAUAUUAUUGUUUGCCUUGUGGUCAAACAAGUCUUGCUGCUAAGAUUGCACCAUUGAAAUGUUACAGCUAGUUAUAGUAUUUGGCUUGAACCACUGCCUUUCUGUCCCUAAACGCCAUUCUUUAUAAAACAUGCAUGUCUCAUGAUUGAGACAAGCAUGUCUGUCAAACUGGAGAGCAUGCAGCUCUGGAGAUACUGAUACUGGAAUCUACUAUAGGUCCAUAUCAUUUCUGUUGCAGAUGCAGAAUAUCUUAAAUAAAAUAAAAGUUCUGGCUUUGAUGGUA